AUGACCUCUCCCAAGAAGGCCGCGCGUCGGUACGAUGCUCUGUCUUCCAAUGGGUCCGGCAUCUUCGCCAAUACAUCAGUCGCAAGCUCGUCAGCAUCGCCAUUCUCGGAUGCAGCGGUCACAUCUGAUAUCGCAGACGUCAAGGAGCACCUCCUCCCCGAUCUUCCAGCCAUCGAUGACCGCAGCAGCUUGGUAGACAAAGCACCCUCGUUGAAGUCGCCGGAACCGACACAUGUGCCCGUACCCUCUCAUACGAAUCUCGAAUCGGCGGUACACAGCUCCGGUCCGCCACCGUGGCCAACCAUCACCUACAGGCACCUCCUCUCUGCAGGCACUCUCAACCCAACCAAUCCUCUCCGCGUCGUCGCACAUUGCGAUGUCGACGCCGCCUAUGCUCAAUUUGAAGCAUCUCGACUAGGACUUGACGCCACAGUCGUUCCAAUAGCCGUACAACAAUGGCAAGGUCUCAUCGCGGUCAACUACCCAGCUCGCGACGCGGGCGUGUCCCGCUUCGAGAGCAUCCCAGAAGCGCUCAAGAAAUGCCCCGAUUUGCACCUCGUCCACGUCGCAACCUACGCACACGGCAUCAACAGGGCCGAGUACCAUGACGAUCCCAAGCCUGAAACCCACAAAGUCAGUCUGGACCCGUAUCGAAGGGAAAGCACCAAGAUUCUGACUAUCUUCAAAAAGACGUGCCCACUCGGAGCGGUGGAGAAGGCGAGCAUCGACGAGUCGUACUUCGACCUCACGAUUGAAGUGCGGAAGCUCAUGAUUGAACGCUUUCCGCAUCUGGCGCACCCCCCACCAGAUGAUGCUGUCACAGGGGCGAAGGGCAUGGACCAACCAUUGCCGCCUCCACCGAGGCUAGGUCUAAAACAGUGGAAGCAGCUUGGGUAUGUCGUACCCAAGUCGGGUGAUGUCGGCAAGGCUACUGGCAUCGGGCGUCCUGAGAAGGCGGUAGCGAAGGGUGCAUUGCUCGUGGAUGCACCUAUUGGAGCUGGCAUUGUUUCCGCUCCUUUACCAGAAUUGCCGAACGACUACCCGAGGUUGGACGCAGGGAGCAACACCGAGACGACCGGCGAAGUGAAGGACGACAAGUCCAAAGACAAGCAAGCUCCACCAUCGUGGGGCUCUGACCAGGACCGGCUCACAGACCCAUCCUCCAGUCAGCCUGGUGAUCUCGAUUCGGAAGCCGCACUGUGGGACCGCAUCGAGUACGGCGAGACAACCUGGACCGACGUCGCUCUAGCUCUGGGUGCCGAGCUCAUGAAUCGCGUCCGACAAAAUGUGCUUGACGAGCUCGGAUACACCACCUCCGCCGGCAUCGGCUCCAACAAGACGCUCUCCAAGCUCUGCUCGUCUUGGCGCAAGCCUAACGGUCAGACCAUCAUGCGUCCUUGCUCGGUGGCCAACUUCUUUUCGUCCCUGCCGUUCCAAAAGAUCCGCUUUCUCGGCGGCAAGCUGGGAACAGCGAUGGGAGUUGAGUGGAACUCUGCCACCGUGUCCGAUCUCUGGGAGGUCGGGCUGGACGAGAUGCAAGCUAAAUUCGGCGAAGAAGCGAGAUGGGUGUACAACGUCCUUCGCGGGAUCGACUACAGCGAGGUGCGGGAACGAGUCAAUAACCAGACUAUGCUGGCCAGCAAGUCCGUCCGACCGGCCAUCACCAAGCCUGAAGAGGCGAUGCACUGGCUCAACAUCCUCGCGACGGAGCUGGCUAUCAGACUGCGAGAGGCGAGAGAAGAAAGGAUCAACCUGUGGCCCAAGACACUCGUACUGAGGUACAUCCGGGCUGGAUCUGUACCGCGCAGUCGACAGACAGCAUUCCCAUUCUCAAAUCCCAACAGCCAGGAUGAGCUGGCCAAGGUGAUUCUCAAGAAGGGUCAGAAGCUGUGGGAGGAGAGCCUGGGCGACGCGUUGGGCUUGGGACUGGGAUCGUCCGGAUUUGGAGAGGCAAAGGUGUUGACAAUCGCUCUCGGCUUUGGAGGUCUGGCAGAGGGCGAAGUGGGUCAGCGUGGGAUCGCAGGCUUUCUCGGUGCAACGAAUGCGGCAUCGAUAUCGCCGUUCUCCUCAUCAGCAACAACAGCGGGAACGACAAGGCCGGCAGCAGAAGCUGGAGUCGAGGAACAGCCCUCGCCAAAGAAGAAGAAGAAGCGCAAUCGACUUGAUGCCAUGUUUGAAACGCAAAGCAGGCAACAACAGUCGCAAGCAACACCAAGGCAGGAAGACCGUCUGUCCAUCGAGAGCGAGGACACUCGAGAGCAAGAGACACCUACUCUGCCACAAGACGAAGGAACGAAUGGCGACGAGAAGCAAGCGGGAUCGGGAGAAGGGCAUCGGGAGGAGGAGCCAGAAUGGCGUUGUCCCGAAUGCUCGCAGCUCUUCAAAGCGCCAUCCGACUCGCCAUGGUUCGAAAAGCCGUAUCUGGUCGAAAAGUUGAAAGACGAGCAUCAGGAUUGGCACUUUGCCGUGUCACUAUCGCAAGCACCAGCGGCGCCCUCUACGGCAUCGUCGGCAUCGCAAGCCCCCUCCACAGCCAACACGAGCAAAAAGAAGCGAGCGUUGGACAAGUUCUUUGCGCGACGCUAG